AAUUGUUAAAAUGAACUUCAUGAGUGAUGCGUCUAAUGUCUAUAUCUGUAAUAAAAUAUGUAUAAUAAAGUAAUUGUCUGUACAACGGACAACGGUCAUCGAACUACAUAGUAGUUUGUGGUCUGUACUAUAGUUACUAUGAUAUAAUAAAGUAUAACAUAUAAUAUAAUCAUAUAAACGCAUUACAACUUAAAUGUAAAAAAACAACUUAGUUUAUAAAUACAAAUUAAUAAUACUAAUUCAAAGUUGAUUUAUGAAAUCGUUAUGGUCGUUUUAAUCCUCCGUCAAUUAGAUCUUAUUGCGUCAGUUGGUCACCGACGUCGCCACGUCGUUUGUUGAAGUUUUUCCUGAUAACGAUUUUUGUUUACUCUUCUCUGAAGAUAACAGUGUGCCCUUCUCUACAACGAUUGUGGCACUCCAUCUUACAAUUUCUUGAUGUUUUAUGCACAUACCAUGUUAGUCCGAGUUGUUAAGUUUAAUAAAAAUCUGAAAAUCGUGUGUUCGGUAUUGCGUCAAGCCCACUGUUGUCGGGCAGCUAUCGGUGGCGACCACAAUGUAGCCGUCUUCCAGACUGAAAGUUCCAGUGCCCGAAAUUGUUUGCAGCACACAAUUUAACAUAUGUAUUGAAAAACUGAACGAUAUGAUAUCGUUUUGACCACAUAUUUGAGUUCAUGAUGGAUUACAUUAUUGCUUUACAAUGUAUCUGAAAAAUUGAACUUAUUUGCCGGUUCGAGACUUCAAAAUCUGAUCUUUUAAUUGGACGGCCUGCAUGCCAAAUGAUCUUUUGCUGAUCUUUUAGUACUGCAUUCAGGUUCACCAACUAUAGAGUUCAUUCUAGAAAUGGGUGAUACCUGUUAUGUGAACAGCAAUUGACUGUAUUGUUAUCCGCCAUUGUAGGAUAUACCUGAGUUAUGACCAUGUACCAACCAAUAAAAGAGUCCAUUCAGUUGGUGACAACACCUACAAAUCGUCCUAAAUCAGUGUUAAUAAACAGUAAGAAUACCAAAUUAGAAGAAUUUAUAAUGAAUAUUCACAAUAUGUCACCAUUCAGAUUAAUUUUUUUUAUGAUCUCAAUUUCAUUUGGUUUUGCUGUCAUUAUUGGUAUUUUAUUUAUAGUACCAUGCGAAUGGUCUGACUGUAUUUCUUCAAAAAAUAUUAAAUUGAUUUGGUCUGAUUCUAUUUUCAUUGACAUAGAGUUAAAAGGCAAGCCAAGUACGAUUGAGUUAAACAAGAAACUUAUACAGUUGUUAUUUAUAGUAAGAGGAUCAAUUCUUAACAGCCCAAAUGUACCACCUAGAACAGAACGUUUACCAUCUAUUGGUGGUGGUCUUUUGCAAAUUGACACAAUUACUGGUAAAGAAAUGUGGCGUAAACGAUUAGAUUCACUACCUGAUACGAUUGAUUGUACAUUGCUAAAUAACCAGGUCAAAGAAAACAAAGAAGUAUAUUGUAUAGUAGGUGCAUCAAAUAGAAAUAUAUUAGCUGUUAUAUCCAGCAGUAAACUUAAAGGUGAACUUGUAUGGAAGAAAAAUCGACCAGAAUCAAACAUAACUAAAUUAAAUAGCAAAAAUGAUUUAGUGUACAUGGAAUUUCCUGUCAUUAUACCCGACUGCAAUUCUGAUGGUGUAAAUGAAAUGGCUUUUGUGCACCAUGAAAAUAAUAUGCCUACAUUAGAUAUUUUAUCUGGAAAAAGUGGAAACAAAUUAAUGAGCAGUAUUAGUAAUGAUAAUUGCACUAAAAUGACUGAUCUUAUUUUAAAAUAUGAUAUGUCUUUAGUCUAUUUUUGCCGUAGGAAUUCUGUUGUAGACCCUUUAGAAACAAUUCCAAUUAAAACUAUGUUAAAUUGUUCUGGUGAUUGGAUACCAGAUUCUGUUCACCAAACCAAACGAGAACAUGAUGAAAUUGAAGAAAAUCAAUAUUUGUUGACACUUGAGCCUUAUUAUCUUAAUAUCAAUAAUAGCUACUACAAUUGUCUAACCAACUGUAUGGCAGUUGUGUUUGUCACAAAUAGUGCUAAAGAAACAGUUUGGUUUCAAAAAUUCGAUCGUUCUUAUGUAAUGAAGCCAGUGACAUUUGAACUCCGUAACAAUAUAUCAGGAUUUGUUAUCAAAAUUUGGUCUUGGAAAAAUGAAACAGUUGAGGAUAAUAUUAAGCUCACUAACAUUGAAAAGAUUGAAUAUAUUCAAGAACAAGUUAUAGUAAUUACAUAUAAUUCAUCCAGACCUGAAGAUUUCCACACUAAAAAUAUAAGUUCGAACAGAAUUUUACAAGUAUGUGAAAGUGUGUCAAACUGUCAACCAAAACUAGAAUAUCAAAAAUAUUCAUUGAAUGUGAUGGAUAUAGACAAUGAUGGUUACAGAGAAUUAGUUUCUGUAUCAGUUACAUAUCAAUUUAACAAUGCACUUGGCCAGUUCUACAUGAAUGAUAAACACUCACUACAGCUUAUAUCAAAAGUUAAUGUUUAUCAAUUAGAAAGGAAACUUAUUGGAGAUUUUGAAAAUUAAAUGUUUAUUUGGAUUA